AUGGAAAUUUAUGAUUGCCCAAAUUUAGUCCACUUUGAUGCUAGAAAUAAUUUACUUACUAGUUUGUAUUUCCUUAAUGAAUUGAAAGAGCAAAUUACUCACUUAGAUGUUAGUAACAAUGAUUUAAGAGACGAGUUGCUUUUUUUGGGUGAAUUUAGAAAUUUAGAAUCUUUAUUUGUUGGUAAUCGAAUUAAUAGAGGAAUUGUUAAUGUUAUGCGAAAGAACUGUCUUAAAGGAUCUUUGGAAAAAAUUAAAGGGUUAAAUAAAUUAAGAGAAAUAGAUAUUUCUAAUACUAAUAUUAACUCUGGUUUAGAAUAUUUGCCAAAAAAAACAGAAAAAGUUGGUUGUUCUUGCCAUCUUUUCUUAAAAAGAGAGUGUUCCGUAAUUAAAAAACAAUUAGAAAAUUACCCAUUUAACGAUGACGCAUUAAGCGGAAAGCAAAGGGAAUCUUUAGAGGAAAGAGAAACAUCAUAUUCAAAACAGUUAGAAGUUACUAACCACCUGCAACCAGUUAUUUUUGAUAAUAUUACUGAAAAACCUAUUCUCGAAGAAGAAAUAGGAAGAGGCGGAUACGGGGAAGUUUACCAAGACAAAAAACAAAUUACUAAUGAAGUUAAUAUCCUCAGAAAACUAAAAAGUAAAUAUAUUAUUCAGUAUUACGGAAUUUAUUCGAAUGACCAGGAAUUUCACAUUAUUAUGGAUUACGCCGAAAAUGGACUAACUUAUAUUCACCACGAAAAUAUUAUUCACCGAGACUUGAAAAGCAUGAAUAUCUUAUUAGAUAGUGAUUAUAAGACAAUAAAAAUAGCCGACUUUGGCUUAGCCAAGCUUAUUAAAAAUGUUAGUUCUUCUCAGUCAAAUUCCGAAAUUGCUGCUAAAUGCACUAAGCCUUUUAAGAAUGUUGAUAACUGUGGUGUAAUCUUACAUAUUGCUAGCAACAACAAAGAAACAAUACCUAGUGAUGUCCCCCAAGAUGUUUGUCGACAAAGCAAGAUUUUUGCCUCCCUUGAUGCCGAACUUUCCAGCCGUGUAGAGUUAGCCCCAGCCUCGAGUAGUUUACCAUUUGCUUCACCAACAACCGCGAACCCAACCCUAGAAGAAAAAUUUGCCCGGCAAACUAAGCGGGAGUUGCUCAAAGAAUGCAAAACUAGUGAAAACCGGAUUAAAUCCCUAUUUGUGGUCCAAAAGGUCAAG